ACAAACACUCGUGCCGUUCAGCCGUCUCUUUCAGUGCUAGUUACUAGUCUCCGUUCAGUUCAGUAGUGCGAGUACGAACGCGCGUACAGAAGCAUCUAUAUAUCGCGGGAUAUUGUGUAAAAACGGGCCUGCUAUAUCUCUCUAGCUCUGCUGCUAGCAAGCCAAUCGUAGGGCGAGUGAGUGAGUGAGAAGUUGACGCCAUUUUAUGUUUUUGCGCUUACACUACCAGCAGACGGAGUGUGUGGAAAGGGGUCGUCUGUGAGUUGGUGUUCUGUGCAGUUUCGUGAACCUCUUCUCUCGCGGGUGGUGAAUAAAAAACGCGACUUUUUCCGAUCAAGUGCCGCCGUGAAUGCAAUGAAAAGUGCACCAAAGUGAAGAUUGUCGCAAGAUCCCUCUGAAUCACCAACCCGGCUGUGUAACUGCAACCCAGAACCGCGCACCGUUCACCGUGGCGUCGUUGUUGCCGUCGUCCGUUGCCGUCGAGGAAAUGGGCGAAGUUGGAGUGGCUGCCAGCGAGCAUCCCCCGUCGUCGUCCGAAAAGGUCAAGGAAAAUGGCGAACUCAACGGUACCGGCGAAGGAGAAGAAGAGCAGCCACGUGAGCAAGCGCUGAGCACUGGGCUCGUCAUCGCAAAGGUGUCAUCCGGUGCGGAUGAAAUACACAACGCAAAGAUUCACACAGUCAGCGAAGGCAGCGAGGGGGACGAGAACUCGCAGACAUCUCAACCGAUUAGCAGUAGCAACGGACAAACCGAGGGCGAGGGGGACGAAACUUCACAGGAUGUGGCAGGUGAAGAAACGGAAGAAAGUAGACCAGAAAUGGUACGUGUAGAUAAUGAUAAUCAGGAUACGGUGGAAUCGAUGGAUAUGGACGACGAGGAAGAGGUUCGUCGCGGAGGAAAGUCCAGAAGCGUUAGUGAGAAUGGAAAUGAUCCACUGGAGGGUAGAGGCGUUGCAAAUCCGAUCGAUGAGGACUCAAAGUCGAGAAGUGGCGACGAAGCGAUGGAUGUCGAUGCAUCAACGAAUGGUCACAGCACAGCGGAUAAGACAGACGAUAAUGAGGUGAUUGAUGAUGAUAGUGACAAACCGGUCAGUAUUAAUUCCGAUUCCGAUUCCGAGAAUGAGGAUGAUCGGGUUCCGUCUGUUAAGAACGUGGUGACUGAUAGUAUGAAUGUUAAUUCCAAAUCGAACGAUGGCGUUUCGAUGCCCAGCAAGUCGAAUGGGAAUAAUGCCAAAAAGCAGCAGAAUGGUGACUGUGAUGGCGAUGUGACGAUCCUAAGCGAUAAAGAAGAAGACUGCGUGGUGAUCGAUGAUGAAGAUGGAGAUACAAAUUCGAGCAGUGCACCUAGUCAAAAGAAAAGUGAAGCUGCAGUAGUAUCUCCGCGGAGGAGUUCCAGGGUGCGGAAGAGUAUGCUACCACAGGAUAUUUCCACUAUCGACGACGAUGACGAUAUUGAAGAAAUCAUCGAUGAUCCGCUGAAUAUCGCUGCAGCGAAGAAACCACGAUUAUCCAUUAAUCAAUCCCUGCAGCAGAAUUCCUUUAAGGGUCAGCUAUCGAUGACGCCCCAACCUCAAAAGUCACUUCUCGCCAGCAACCAGAACAGUGCCACGAAAGAACCCACUCUGGUAAUAAUCGAUACCAAUACCCUGAUGAACCGUACCGGGGGACACACGUCAAUCACAGCCAGUCCGAUGACGUCAAAGUCCAUGAACAGUUCUUACUCGUCACUACCCACGGGCAUUUCACCACACAGCUCAUUCAAUUCGCCUCGAAGCGUCAUCAACCCGGUGGCAGCGGCUGCUAAUCUCAUUUCGAAAUCUAACCCGCCCCCGUUGGCCCCUGUCACGCCACUGUUACCUGCUCUCACGGACGACAUGUUUGUGUUAGAAGCACCGUCCUUCAUCGUUCCGUACAUCUACGAGAAACCUCCCCCGGAAAAUCUCAAACAAAUAGUGAGCGAACUGGAAGCAAAGAUCAGGGACAUGCGUAAGAAGUUGGAAGAGGCGGAGAAGGAUGAGGACAGUAAGGUUGACGACGAGAACAGCCAAGGUUCGACGGCGGAAAGUGCAGAAAAGAAGUCGUCUACCAGCGAGCCUGACGCGGAGUCAGAAUCGGAUAAAAAGAAAAAGUCCAAGCGAAAAAGGAACAACGAUGACGAUGAUGAUUGGGACGAGCUGGAAACCUCAACGGACGAUGAAGCAUCGGACGAAGAGUCCAAAACAAAAGUUCUCAUCAAGGAAGUCAAAUCGGACAUUGAGAUGAUCAAGGAACACAUCAUUACCCCCGCAAAGGAUGAUCUGACCAGUACAAGUAGUACUUCUAUUAGCAGCAAUGCCCAGACUGAUCCGAAGAAAUCGGAGAAUUAUUUCGAAAACCCGCUAGGAAAGUUCUUUAUGAAUAUUGGCAUUAACCUGGUGCAGGAAUACGUACAGACCGAUCUGCUGCGGCAGCAAAAGAAGAAACGUGACCGCGAGGGCAGACCAUCCGCCAGUACUCAGAUGGCCAUCAAUUCCCUGAUUAAAAACCUAGAGUUCAGCAAGGAGAACAACAGACCGUUCAAGUUUGAAAUCAAAAGGUGCGAGUACUGUCCUUUCAAGUCGGAGUCAGCGCUGGCGAUGGCCCACCAUUAUGAGACGCCGCACAUGCGCAACUACAUCUAUAAGUGUAACUUCUGUUCAUACGAAACCCGCCCCCCGCACGACAUCCUCUACCACAUGGAAGCUGUGCAUAACAUCAAAGGUCGCCUGGAGAAGGCAUCUAUGUACCACGCGUGUCCAAACUGCCCGUUCGAAGAUAAUGGCAAAUCGAAACUUGCCCGGCAUGCGGUGGCGUGUGCGAAGAAAUUCCGACCUGAAAUCAACCUGAACCCACCUCUUGAUUGGGAACCGCCCGCAAAGAUUCCACGUAUCAAACCCAAACAUGGAUUGGUCGGAACGGCCACCGCUUAUCAGGCCAUGACAGCACAGCAACAGAAGAAUAUGGCCCUGGCCAACCAGCGGGUACAGGCGGUCAACAGUAUCAAUCCGGUCAACAUCAACAACCUUACGGCGGCGGCUCAGGCGGCUGCCCUGCGAGCCCGUGGUGGACGAGUGCAACCAAUUCCGCAGGCAACGUCCAUCAACGUACUCCGAACGGCGGCCAACGUAGCUUCGAUGCGUACGUCUAUGUCAUCCGGAGGAAUGGUAAUACCUAAUAACUUCCAGCUCUCAUCAGCGGCAAUCGCCGCUGCGGCCAAUAAGUUUUUGCCGAUUCCGAACGCCGCUGGACGAUCUCUUCUUUCCAGUUCUAACGCAUCGGUGACUAUUCAGAACUCCAUGGGUAUGAAGCCCGGAAUGAAACCCGCCCAGCAGCCUAGCAUCUCCAUCACACCCCUACCGCGACAAUCAAGCGCAACGAAUAUGGCCGUAGCAGGAGCACUAUCCAAACUACAGGCAGCCGGAACUUCUGCCGUGAAGCCAGGUCAAAACCCAGCCGGCAACAAAACCGCAUUUGUCGUAUGCGAAAUCUGUGAUGGUUACAUCAAGGAUCUGGACCAGCUGCGCAAUCACAUGCAGUGGAUACACAAAGUCAAGAUUCAUCCGAAGAUGAUUUACAACCGGCCACCGCUAAACUGCCAGAAGUGUCAGUAUCGCUUCUUCACCGAUCAAGGCUUGGAGCGACAUUUGCUCGGAUCGCAUGGACUGGUGACAAGCUCCAUGCAGGAGGCCGCCAACAAGGGCAAAGACGCCGGACGUUGUCCAGUUUGUGGACGGGUAUACCAAUGGAAGCUGCUGAACCACGUAUCCCGGGAUCACAACAUGACCCUGAAGCCGGCCCACCUCUCGUACAAGUGUACGGUUUGCACGGCCACGUUCGGAAUGUACAAACAGUUUGAAAGUCACGUAUACUCAGCGCACAGUACGGUCGCGAAGAAAGCACUGGACAACAAGAAGCCCCAACCGGGUGGCAGUAGCAGUACGGCGCCGAUGCGUGGCGGUGCCGGUCCGAUGGGUGGAGGCGAUUCGCUGCUGAAGCCGUUGAAGAUCAACGACGAGAUCACGAUCAUACCGCAGCCGACCGCCAAGGCGUCGCAGAAACCGAUUGAAAUUGAAAGUCAUGUUAUAGAUUGAACAUCGCUUCCGAUUGUACCGUUUCACUAGGGCAGUUUUUUCAUUAAUACCAAUUACCACUUUCUUCUAUAAUCGGAUGUUAACUUGUAAACAAGAGGGACAAAACCAAGUCUACAAUGUGUUAAAAGGCAAACUGGAAAUAAUAAAGCACUAAGCUUGAACUUUCAUUUCCUCUUAUUCACUCCAUCCCAUCUCGCCCCAUCACCACUAAAACAAAAACCUUUCAUUUGUGUUUUACGAUUUUACAACGCAAAACGACGAUUAGAAAACACAAACAAGUUCCUACCGUUGUUGGUCGCAUGUGGUGCGAUCAAGUAAAAAGGGGAUUUUACUGAGUUCACCCGGUUCUCUGGAUAUACUACCUAGUUAAAUAUAAACAACUGAAACAUGAAAAUACAACAAAAAAUUACACUUUCCAACCAAAACCAACUGAACUCUCAAACUGUAUCAUAAUGCAAAGAAAAAGUCGUUUGAAAACAAAUUGAACUAAACUACUACGCGCUAGUACAUAAUGGCAAAUUUGGUACACUGACACAAAUGGCAAGUGGUUUUGUGAAUGGAUUAAUGAAAGAAAGAGGGUUAUAAUCAUUAAUCAGCAAAAUAUUUAUAAAUACUAGAACACGUAAGACGUAAGCUAGCGAUUUGGGUUUGAUCGAGUAGUAACCAUCGGCAUCGGUGCCAAAAGGCGUUACUUCUUCGCGUUUUCCGUCACUUUUGGAAGUACCUAUAUUUCAAAAUUAUGUUGCAGAAGUUGGCACCUGGUGUCUUUGCACAUUUCUACCUAGCGAAAACAAAAUCAAAACGAACCUGGAUCGGAAAUGAACCGACGAAGUAAUUACCACCCGGCACCGAAAGCGCAGAUCUUUCUUGUAUUUUGUAUAUUUUUGACAAUUUGAAUAACUUAUUUGUUCUUAAGGCAGAUCAACACAAUUAAUCCUACCACUUAAGAUAGAGCGCAGUAGCUAUAGCGACUAAGAGAAUAGUGAGUAUACCCCCUAAGUUAAUCGAUUUUUUUUUCUUAUAGAGAUAUCUUAUUGUAUUAAAUGGUACAUGAAAGAAAAGGAAACAAAAACAAGCAAAAAAUACUAGAUGCGUUAAGAUUCACAGAAUUUAAGGCAGUACACUAACCUCAUCCGGCGGAGAAUGUGGAAAACGGAGAAAACAAAAAAAGAAAAAAAAAUGAUUAGGAAUGGCACAAGAAGGCCAACUGUCGGCAAGCUGAAGAAUGUUUAUGCAAGUCGGAAAGUAAUGAAAAUAAAGAAUACUUUAUAGUCUAAAUAAACAGCUGAUAAUAAGCAGGAA